GUUCCUAGGUUAUGGCCAAGCGUAAGCGCCACGUUUUGGCGCUCGAGGAGAGCGACGAUGACGACGACGAUCGCUUGCCGCUAUCGCUCUCCUCGCAGAAGAGCAGCCAGGAUUCGCGGUCGCCGUUCGAGCGAGUCGAGGAGGAUAUGGCGUUUCUACAGGUGGAUAGCACUCGAGAUAAUCGGCAAGACUCUGAUAAUCUUUGGAUCGACAAGUUUCGGCCGGCCUGUGUGAGUGAUCUAGCAGUUCAUAGCAAGAAGGUUGGAGAAGUGAGACAAUGGAUGGAAACCCAAAUCGACAACCCCUUGGGGUGUUCAUGCAAGCUUUUGUUGAUCACCGGACCUGCUGGUGUCGGUAAGAAGACUGUUGUGCGAGUCUUAGCCAACACGAUGAAUGCCGAGCUUUGUGAGUGGACUGCUCCAACGCCUGUUCUCUGGAAGGAGCAUCUACACAAUGAUACACUAGGAUCAAAAUAUAGUUCAAAGCUGAAGGAUUUUGAAACAUUUUUGGACAAAACAACCAAGUUUCCUUCUCUUCCACUAAAUGCUCCGGUUAGGAGAACGAAAUUCGUUCUCAUUGACGACGUACCUUUAGUAAAUGGGGAGGACAAGAAAAGGCAGCUACUCCAAUCACUUCGCCAGUUACUUGCGGGUGCGAAGUUUCCAACCGUUAUAGUUGUUACAGAUGUGGCUGACGAUGGUUUUCGAGGAAGUUCAAUGGCACGAUGCAUGGGAGAGAUAGUAAAAACACUCGAGAGUGGAGGAGCCUCCAAGAUUGCCUUCAACCCGAUCACUGUAAACGCCAUUAAAAAAGUUUUGGCUAAUCUUGUCAAAGCGAAGAAAUGCCGUGUACCUAGCGAAAUGGUGGCUGAAAUUGCUCAAACCGCCGCGGGAGAUAUCAGACACGCCAUCCUACAUCUCCAAUUUCUCUGCCUCAAUAGUUCGAAAUCCGAUAAAUCCGAGUCAAGAAGACGAAAGCGCCAGCAAGUUCGCGGAGCUUCUUCUACUCCAGACGACGAACCUCCCAAAGAACAGUAUGGUUCGAAAUGCGGUAGGGAUCACAUCUUAUCUCUAUUUCAUGCUCUUGGAAAAUUCUUGCACAACAAGCGAGUGGCCGACGCGGAGUCUGAAUCAGGUGAAAAACUUUCGUGUCCACUUCAGCAACAGUAUCAAAGACCACCCUUGCAAAUGAAAGAUCCCGAGCUAGUCAUAUCCCAGUCGCACGCCGAAGCUUCAACACUCGUCUCUUUUCUCCACGAGAAUGUGCCAGACUUUGUCGAUGACGAUGCCAUCGAAGACGUUGCGGACAUCAUCCAGUACAUAAGUGACGCAGACCUCGUUGGUGCAAGAUUUUCCUGGCAGUCGAGAGGGCCCCUCUUAGAUUCCGGAUGGACGAAUGCUUCGCAACUUGGAGAAGCUGCGGCUGCUUCUUUAGCUGCACGGGGUGUUCUUUUUGGUAACACACACCCUGCUCCUCGAAGAUGGCAGACGCUGAGAAGUCCCAUGCUUUGGCAAGUUGAGCGCUCGCUAUCAAGCAAGAAGAGGGAGAUCUUUGCGUCGUUGAGAGAUAGUAAUAUUGGUCCGGUUGAGCAGGCAACCGAGUACAUUCCAUUCCUGCGAAAUAUUUCCGCGUUCACUCGCGACGCUUGGAAGCCGAGAUCUCCAAAAGUUAUCACCAGUGCUGCCGACGAGUGUGACGAGAUUGAAGACGAUUUCUAGAUUUAUGGCUUUAGCUUUACUUCGCGAGCUUUUCUUGAGUUUGGUAAAGAGCCUGGUAAAGGAGAGAAACUCUCGAGAAGAAAUCUCGGCUAUGGCGCUAAAAGA